AUGAAGAAUCCACUUGGGUCUCCGUCGAGUUUUGUGCUGGAAUUUGGUUCUCCGUCCCUCAGUCUUCUUGAGGUGGAGUUGAUAGAUCUUGAUGGAUCUGCAUCUAAUGGAUGUUGUGCGAUCAUGUGGGGUGCUGAAGGCACUAUGGUCUUCUAUGGCCAGAUGACUGUUGAGCGGUAA